CCGGCGCUUGGAUAGAGUACCCCCAAAAUGACUUCUCCUGGUGCUAUUGACAAAAGACUGAAAGUCGCAACCGGUGCUGCGGCAGCCGCCGGUCUCGUGAGAUUCCUGUAUCCAUAUUUGGAACGGGAUUACAACGCUAUUCGAAGCGGACGAGCGUUUGCUAAAUUUGUCAAGGCAAACCUGGAUAAAAAUCGUUAUUUUGUGGACCUGUUCGAGGAUGCCGUUGAACAAGACCCAUACAAGACUUUCAUCAUUUACGAAAAUACUAUCUAUACAUAUGGUGACAUUAACACAAUGGCCAACAAACUCGCUAAUUUCGCCCGAGGACAAGGAUUUAAGGUUGGUGACUGUGCGGCCAUAUUAAUGUACAACGAACCGACUUAUAUUUGGAGUUACCUGGGUUUCGCCAAGCUUGGUAUGAAAUGUGCUUUUAUAAAUUAUAAUCUGCGAGCGGAAUCGUUGAUAAACUGUCUUGAUGUCACUGAUGCUAAAAUACUCAUGCUAGCAGAUGACCCCAGGCUCCUUUCAACAGUUGAAAAUAUCGCCGGGGAGCUAGAACAACGAAAUAUUGGAAUAUGGACAACAGGUUGCAAUGCGAAAACAAAAUUCCGGAAUAUAGAUGAUGACUUGGCAAACAUAUCAGAUCAGGCCAUACCGAGGGAAGUACGAAGUGCUAUAUUGUACAGUGAUGUAUCAAUAUACAGUUUUACUUCUGGCACCACGGGCCACCCUAAAGCAGCGCGGAUUUCAUAUUUUCGUCAAAUGAGGGGAACGUUCACAUUUCAUACCCUUGGAGUCAAUUCAAACGACUGUACGUACAUUUGCAUGCCGCUGUAUCAUUCGUCGGCGUCCUUGCUGAGUUUUGGAUCCGUGGUACGAUCCGCAUCCACCAUGGUCCUUGCAAGAAAGUUUUCAAUCCAUAAAUUCUGGGAUGACUGUCGUCGCCAUGGUAUCACUAUUAUAUUCUACAUUGGCGAAAUUUGUCGGUACCUUCUCAGUCUACCUGAGCAUCCUGACGACAAACGAAAUUCUGUUAGAGUUGCCAUAGGAAACGGACUCAGGCCAGACAUAUGGAAACGUUUUCAGCAGCGAUUCAACAUUCCUCUUAUACACGAGUUCUACGGAGCUACAGAAGGAAACUUCUAUUCUGCUAACACGGACAAUACAGUUGGGGCUGUUGGUCGUCUUUCUCCUCUAAUCAAGUACCUCACUGGGUUUCAUGUGGUCAAGUUCGAUUAUGAAACAGCAGAACCAGUUCGGGAUUCCAAGGGUAGAUGCAUGCCCACAAAACUAGGUACUGCUGGUCUACUUAUAAAGCUCAUCACUGAGACCGCACGAUUCGAAGGAUAUGCUGGUAAUAAAGACUUGACUGAAAAGAAGAUUAUUAGGAAUGCAUUCGUAGACGGCGACGCUUAUUUCAACACUGGUGACGUCAUGAUGCUGGACAAGAACUAUUAUUUGUAUUUUGUGGACCGACUUGGUGAUACCUUCAGAUGGAAAGGUGAGAAUGUUGCUACUACCGAGGUAUCUGACAUUGUAUCUAUGUUUCCUGGCAUUGCAGAAGCCAAUGUGUAUGGUGUGAAAGUCCCCGGACAAGACGGGCGAGCUGGGAUGGCCGCUAUAGUUGUGAAAGACGAAAGUACAUUCAGCAUGCAAGAAUUUCACAACUACAUCACAUCAUCCUUGCCUUUGUACGCCUGCCCCAAAUUUCUCCGAAUCAUGAAAAACAUAGACAAAACGGUUACGUUUAAAUACAGAAAAAUUGACCUGGUUCGUGAGGGAUUCCAUCCGGAGAAAAUCAAACAGAAACUUUAUUUUUACGAUUUUGAAAACAAAACUUAUUCCCCCUUGGAUGGUGCUGCAUACAGUAAAAUUGUUAUCGGCAAGGCGAGGUUGUAA